GUACUGGUCUGAUUGUGCACUACUGUGUACAUAUGUGCCAGCACUGGUUACUAAGCAGCAAGGACAUUCUAACUACCGGGGGGUGUCCAGACCGGGCGGUGAGAUUUGUGGGGAGACCCGCCCAUUCAGCGGGGCUAAACCCAAAGGGGAGGGAGUAUGGAAAGGCAUCGACGUAAGAGCGACAUAAGAGAGUACUUGCCAACUCCCUCUCGUUCCCAAUCCUGAUGACGUCGCUCAACUCCGGUCUGUCCAGUCCUCAAGCUUAUAAGAAUGUCUCUGACUGCCAACAUCGCCCCUCAAACUCACUCUCUCUCAGUUCAUUGAUCAUCAUCACUUCAAGAAUCGUCCGCAAUUACACCCACUAACCCUUACAAACUAUUCCAAUUACCAUCACCACCCCUCGAUACAUAAAAUCAUAUCCACCAUGUCUUUCAUCGCCCGCAUCGCUCCUGCUGCUCGCACUGCCUCCGCGGCUCUCAAGCCUACCGCUCCCUCCAUCUCCAUCGGUGCCACUCGCGCUCUCUCCUCCACCGCCUGCUUGAACAAGGGCCCCGUUGAUGCCGCCAAGGACACUCUCAAGGCCGCCGACCGCACUAUCUCCGAUGCCGCCGUGAAGGGUAUUGAGGUUGGAGAGAACGCCACCGAGAAGCUCAAGGGUUCCAUGGGCGCCGCCACGGGCGAGGCCCAGGCCAAGUCGGGUGAGCUCAAGGGUGACGCUGCUGAGUUGGCCGGCAAGGGCAAAGGCAAGGCCGAGGAGGCCAUGGGUCAGGCUAAGAAUGCUGCUGGUCAGGCCAAGGGCAAGACGGAAGAACUCAUGGGUGAGGCCAAGGGCAAGGCUAAGGAAACUGCUGGUCGGUUCUAGAUGAGCAUCAUCUUUUCGUUUGUGUUUUUUUUUUUCUCAUUUUUCACUGGAUGAUGUG